GAUCCAUCGUCCACCCUUUUCAACAUCCCGUAUUCCGCCUGACUUGAAGCAAAGAAACAUCACAUCACUACGAGUACAUGUACCUACCAGAAUACCCCCCAAAGCUCGCUGAUAGACACAAUGGACGGACUCAGCCCUGGCUCUUGGAACGAACCACCAAUCGUUCCACCCCUUUCCAUCAACCGCGAAAAUCAGAGCAAGAGACUACAUAGCCGCGAGGGCAGCCGCGGCAGCGGCAAGAGCCAGCCCUUCUCGGCGUCCUUGGAAAGGCUGCCUUCUCAAUCCACUUAGAGCAUGGGAUCGAUGAGAAAGAAGCAGGCCAUGCUCGUUUCGCGGAUGACGUCGUCUCGGGGGACGCGGAGGUCGAGGGCAUCGACCGAAUCCCGGGGGCCCUUUUCGUCCAAAGAGGACCUGGAUAUCGACGUUGACGAUGUAGAGGACCUGGAGUUGCCGCCGAAUAUCUUGGUGAAUAAUUGGGAUUCUUCGGCACCUUCUUCUGGUUCUGAGCAGCGCCCGCGGCGCCGUAGCAGCAAGAAGCCGAAGAAGAGGGCGGCGAAGAAGGAGCAGAAGAAGAGAGGGUUUCGGGCUAGGCUUCGACGACUCCUCGGCCGGGACGAGAAGAAGAGCAAAGGUAGUCACGAGUCGCCAUACGGCCACGGGCAGACGAGACAAAACAUGCAGAGCGAGGACUCGGGGCUGUCUGAUCAGCAAGAUGCCACGGCAGUGCAGGAUCCUCGACCAACCAAGGCUGACCUAUCUUCAUCGAUAGAGAUUACGCCUCGACCUAGCUGCCGCAAUAUUCUCAGAGACGUUUUCGCCCAACAUCGACCUGAAGCAAAGGAGGAGCCGACCGAUAGACCGAAGGAAGCUGUUAAGCCCGUGGAUGACGGACAUACGACGAAGCAGUGAGCGACUCCUGGUCAACGGCUCAACAUGCCUUGAUGACAGAGAUUGGUAAAUAGCAGCACGAAGCUGUUGGGGGCCUUUGUGGCAACGCCUUUCAAGAAGAUUCCAAGACC